CCCCACUCAGUCUCUCUCAACCUGCUGUCUUGCACCUUUAUAUAGUACCUCCAGUACAACACAAAUUUUUAUUCAACAGAAGCCAAAAUUUCUCGAUAUCCUUUUGUUCUGGGUAUCUUUCACCUCUAAAUUAGUAAAAAAAAAAAAGUUAUAGAUAUCAGCGUCUGCUUUUUUUUCUUAAUCAUCCUAACAGAAUAGUAACAGAGCAGAAACAGAGCUGUUUUUCAGUUUUCUUUCUCCUUCAGAUAUGGGUCUGUUGUUACUGUUGUUGCUAACGUGUGCGGCGCUUCCUCUUUCUUCUUCAGAUCCGAACGACGAAGUCUGCUUAACCCAGUUAAGUCAAUCCUUCAAAGACCCACUGAAGAAUCUCCAUAACUGGACCAAACCCAACUUCGUUAAUCCCUGCAACGGAUUCACCUCCUAUCUACCUGGUGCCACCUGCAACAAUGGCCGCAUCUACAAGCUUUCUCUGUCUAGUCUCUCUCUCCAGGGUACCAUUUCUCCUUUUCUCUCAAACUGUACCAAUCUUCAGUCCCUUGACCUCUCCUCCAACUCAAUCUCCGGACCCAUCCCCCAAGAAUUGGAAUACUUGGUCAAUCUGGCCGUUCUGAAUCUCUCCUCUAAUCGGCUCGACGGGGAGAUCCCUCAGCAGCUCGCAUUGUGCGCUUACCUAAACGUCAUUGAUCUUCACGACAAUUUGCUUUCCGGGCAGAUUCCUCCUCAAUUGGGUCUCCUCGUACGCCUGUCUGCUUUUGAUGUUUCGUUCAAUAAGCUUUCCGGUCCCAUUCCGGCUUCCUUAGGGAACAGAAGCGGUAAUUUUCCGAGAUUCAAUGCCACCUCUUUUGAAGGGAAUAAAGAUCUUUACGGGUAUCCUCUGCCGCCUAUGAAGCCCAAAGGAUUAUCGGUUUUGACUAUUGUCUUGAUCGGACUCGGAAGUGGGUUUGCCAGUCUGGUGCUCAGUUUCACCGGCGUGUGUAUAUGGUUAAAGAUUACGGAGCAGAAGAUGGCCGCCGAAGAAGCAAAGAUUAGUCAGUUUAUGCCUGAUUAUUGAGCUUAAUUAACACAGAAUUGAAGAUUAUUACGCUCAGAUACUAGGUUUGGGAUUUUCAGGUAUUGUUCCCUUUUUCUUUUUAAAAAAUAUUAGUGAGGUUUGGGGCUAAUCUUAUGGGUUUUGGUUUUUUUUUCUUUUUUUCUCAACCAUUUGGAGCACCUUUUUUCCUUUCUUAUUUUUCUAUAAUAUUUAUUCUCAUCAACAAUCAACCAUGUAUAAACAAAUUCAAAAUCGAAAUAGUGCAGUUUCUAAUUUCUCAAUUCUUAAUUAUUUAUUUUACUGUUUACAGCCUAAAAAAUUUAACAAUUUUGCAAUCCAAACUUCACAACCGUGAAACUAUGACAGGGGCCGCUCCAUCUAAUAAGUAGUUUUGUACAGUGCGGUGCAAUUUAAACAGUACAACACAUUUCUCUCAGAAAAAAAAUCUUCCCAAAUCUUCUUUUCGCUUUUGACUAGUCCUUUCGAGUUUGAGUAGGGUGGAGAACUGAGUGUGUGUGUGUGUGUGUGUGUAUGUUGUGGCCUUGUGGGAAUGAAGACUGAAGAGUUGAGCCGUGGGAAUUUGUCUGCAGGUGGUGCUAAAAAUACAUACAAAAAAGUGGUGGGGACUUGAAACACCCCGGAAUGCACCUUGGUCAUGCAUUUAUGAAAAAUAAAAAAUGUCUCUUACCUACUUAAGCGAUUCUUGUGCUUUCUCUGGUGAGCUGGUAGGGAGACCACAACCAUCACAAGCCACGGAAUCAUCUGCUUCCAUAAAUUCUUUAAAUUUAC